GACAAAGUCACUCGCCUUGUCAGAUACACCUGGCUGGCCUCUUUCGCACCUUUUAGGCCUUCGGAGCGAUCUGCAAGGGUCGAUACUUGCGCUGUCGCAGCAUCAUCGCCCAUUUCAACUCAAGCGAGGACUGGGCUUUUUUCUGUUUUGGGUUGAACAAACCCUGCUCACCAACUGAGAAGUCUUCUACUUAAAGUAAUUCACUCUCCGGCAAAACAUAUCAACCACCCUCUAGGGUAGCACCCAAAGCCAAGAAGUUUCAGAAUGAUACCAGACAAGCCGCUGCCGUACAACGGCAACUAUGCCUCCCCCGAGGAGUACAUCGACAAACUUCUCGAGUUUGUGUGGACCUCAGAUACGUUCCAGAUUCUCUGCGGCGGCGUCCACAUCCUCGAUUUCUUCACCAUUGAGCCCGGGCUGUUCCACUACGCUCUGCCCAAGGAGUGGCAGCCUUUUAUUCUGUCAUGCGACAUUAUGCGGCUACUGGACCUACUUAUGAGGGACGAUCUGGACAAUCUAUCUCUUGAGGGCGACCAGAGGCCACCGGAGAGUUUUAUUGAAUAUAUCCGAACGAUUCGAAACCUCUCACUGGGACGGUCGUUCACCCCCCGGCAGCAGAAACUCCCAGUUCUUCCACGCUCUGUGGCUGUGGGCAUGAACCAAAAGAAGAUCCACGAAGUCACCAAUUUCGCAGACUACAUUGACCGGCUCUCCGGAGAUAUCACAGAGCAGUCGGGUGAUGCCAUCUCCCACUUUGUUGAUUUUGGAAGCGGCCAGAACUACCUUGGCCGAGCGCUCGCCAGCGAGCCUUACAAUCGGCACGUCGUGGCGGUUGAGGGGCGAGAGAUCAAUGUCACUGCAGCAAGGGGCCUUGACAUUUCGUCUGGACUGGCCGUCAAACCCAAAGUCAUGAGGAACAAGAAGCUAUGGAACAAGAUCAAAAAGACCCGUCGCGCAGAGGGACUUGGUGACCCGGAUGCCUUGGCCAAGGCCAUUCAGGAGGUGGCUGGUGAUGAUGCCUUCGACUUCAGACCAGUGAAAGAACUUGAGGCAGAAUACACGGCAGAGCAAGGAAAGGGAUUCGUGCAAUACAUCUCAGGGAGGCUGGACAGUGGUGACCUAGCCGAUGUGAUUGCGCAGAUUGAGAACGCGGAUGCAUCCGAGGGAGAGAAGAAGGACCUCAGCCUGAUGGCCGUCUCAAUCCACUCUUGCGGAAACCUCUCACACUUUGGAAUCCGGUCGAUGAUACUCAACCCCAAUAUCCGAGCUGUCGCCAUUGUGGGAUGCUGCUAUAACCUACUGACCGAGAAGCUUGGCCCCCCGACUUACAAGUACGCAUACUUGCGCCCGACUCUCGAAGCCGUCAAUGGGCGUCUUAUGCGAGAGUCUGAAAAGCACGAUCCGCAGGGCUUCCCGAUGAGCCAGCGGUUUUCGACAUACCGAGGGGAAGGCGUCCGUCUCAACAUCACUGCGCGCAUGAUGGCAUGCCAGGCGCCGCAGAACUGGUCCGAGAAGGAAAGCGAUGGGUUCUUCUCCAGACACUUCUUCCGUGCGGUCCUUCAGAAGAUUUUCCUCGACCGGGGGGUUGUGACGAAGGUCCGGCACUAUGCCGAAACGGAAGGUGAUGCGGCCACGGAUAGUGAAAGCCCAUUUGACAUCAGCACUAAUCCAGUCAUCAUCGGGUCGCUGCGCAAGAGUUGCUACGGGUCUCUAAAAGCCUACGUGCAUGGAGCAGUGCAGAAGCUCAUAUGCAACACUGAUUACAAGCAGUACGCGGAGGUGAUGCGGGAGAAGAUGGCGGGCAUAACUGACGAGGAGAUUGAGCGGUAUGAGACCAUGUAUCUGCCAAGGAAGAAGGAAUUGUGCGCCAUCUGGAGUCUGAUGGCGUUUAGCGCUAUGGCGGUUGAAUCACUGAUUGUCGCAGACCGAUGGACGUUUCUCCGGGAACACGACGACACCGUCCGUCACGCGUGGGUCGAGACGGUGUUUGACUAUGCGCAGAGUCCCCGAAACCUUGUUGUCGUGGGUAUCAAGAAAUAGACCUCGGCGAUGGCUGAA